UUUCCCGGUCUCCGGCAGGCUGUCAGGGGCAGCUUCUUAGGAGGGCAAAGCUUGGGGGAAAAGAUUUUCUUAAAAAGCCAAUAUGACGCGACUACUUCCCCAGGGGCACCAGCUCCUGGGCCUCAUCAAUAUCAGAACUUGAUAUGUCUCUGAAGAACGAGCCCCGAGUAAACACCUCUGCACUGCAGAAGAUCGCUGCCGACAUGAGCAACAUCAUAGAAAACCUGGACACUAGGGACCUCCAUUUUGAUGGGGAGGAAGUAGAUUUUGAUUUGUCCCCGGAGGAUUCCAAGCCUGUGCGCAUCCCCUUCUCUAUCGUCUACCACACUCAAGGAUUUAAGGAGCCCAACAUAACAACCUAUCUCACUGGGUGUCCCAUCAAAGUACAGGUGCUGGAAGUGGAGCGAUUCACCUCGACAACAAGGGUACCAAGUCUUAAUCUUUACACUAUUGAAUUAACCCAUGGUGAAUUUACAUGGCAAGUCAAAAGGAAAUUCAAGCAUUUUCAAGAGUUUCAUCGAGAACUACUGAAGUACAAAGCUUUUAUUCGAAUCCCAAUUCCCACCAAAAGGCACACAUUUCGAAGACAAAAUGUCAAAGGAGAAGAACCAAGAGCAAUGCCAAGCUUACCUCGGACAUCAGAAAAUAUGAUCAGAGAGGAGCAGUUCUCCAGUAGAAGGAAACAACUGGAAGAUUACUUGACAAAGCUAUUAAAAAUGCCCAUGUAUAGAAACUAUCAUGCCACGACUGAGUUCCUUGAUGUGAGUCAGCUGUCCUUCAUCCAUGAUUUGGGACCAAAAGGCAUAGAGGGCAUGAUAAUGAAGAGAUCUGGCGGACAUCGAAUACCAGGUCUGAAUUGCUGUGGCCACGGAAGAGCCUGCUAUCGAUGGUCCAAGAGGUGGUUAAUAGUAAAAGAUUCCUUCUUGCUCUACAUGAAGCCAGACAGUGGAGCCAUUGCUUUUGUCCUUUUGGUAGACAAAGAAUUCAGUAUUAAGAUGGGGAAGAAGGAAACUGAAACAAAAUAUGGGCUCCGGAUUGAUAAUCUUUCAAGGACACUGAUUUUGAAAUGUAACAGCUACAGGCAUGCACGGUGGUGGGGCGGGGCCAUUGAAGAAUUUAUCCAGAAACAUGGUGCCAACUUCCUCAAAGAGCACAGGUUUGGAUCUUAUGCUGCAAUCCAGGAGAAUACCUUGGCCAAAUGGUAUGUUAAUGCAAAAGGGUAUUUUGAAGACAUAGCAAAUGCUAUGGAAGAAGCUAAAGAAGAGAUUUUCAUCACAGAUUGGUGGUUAAGUCCAGAGAUCUUCCUGAAACGCCCAGUGGUAGAAGGAAAUCGUUGGAGACUAGACUAUAUUCUCAAACGGAAAGCACAACAAGGGGUGAGGAUAUUUGUGAUGCUCUACAAAGAGGUCGAACUGGCCCUUGGCAUCAACAGCGAAUACAGCAAGAGGACUUUAAUGCGCCUGCACCCCAACAUAAAGGUGAUGAGACACCCAGAUCAUGUUUCUUCCACUGUGUAUUUGUGGGCUCACCAUGAGAAGCUUGUUAUCAUAGACCAGUCAGUUGCAUUUAUUGGUGGAAUAGACUUGGCCUAUGGAAGAUGGGACGACAAUGAACACAGGUUGACCGAUGUGGGCAGUGUCAAACGAAUCACUGUGGGACAGUCAACAUUUUCCCUCACAGGGGAGAUGGGAGACUCCAAUGAAGCCUUGAACCUUAAAGGGAAAAAAGAAUUUAAAAUCAAUCUCCCAUUCCCAAAAAGCACUGAUGACUCUGACCCUAGAAUGAAAGGUGUGGGUAAAGGAAACAAAUUCUCCAAAUUCAGCCUUUACCGGCAGCUAUAUCGGAACAACCUGGAAAAUGCCGAUAGCAUCAGCAGCCUUGAUAGUGCCUCAAGUUACUUUAAUCACUGUAGAAGUCGCCAGCAUUUAAUCCGAGGGUUAAAGCCCCAUUUGAAAUUCUUGCAUCAUUCCAGCGAGUCGGAACAAAGACUCGCGGGCUCUGGAGGUGACAUGGGAUCCAUCCGUAGUUUGCAGACAGGUGUUGGAGAGCUCCAUGGGGAAACUCGAUUCUGGCAUGGAAAGGACUAUUGUAAUUUUGUCUUCAAAGACUGGGUUCAGCUGGAUAAACCCUUUGCUGAUUUCAUUGACAGGUAUGCCAUGCCACGAAUGCCAUGGCAUGACAUCGCCUCUGUCAUCCACGGGAAGGCUGCUCGGGAUGUUGCCCGUCAUUUCAUCCAGCGAUGGAACUUUACAAAGAUUAUGAAAUCCAAAUAUCGAUCCCUUUCUUAUCCAUUCCUGCUGCCCAAAUCUCAAGCUACCGCCCACGAACUGCGAUAUCAGGUGCCUGAGUCUGUGCAUGCUACAGUGCAGCUACUCCGUUCUGCUGCAGAUUGGUCAGCCGGCAUAAAAUACCACGAAGACUCCAUCCAUGCUGCAUAUGUACAUGUGAUAGAGAACAGCAAACAUUACAUAUACAUAGAAAACCAGUUCUUUAUCAGCUGUGCUGAUGACAAAGUUGUCUUCAACAAGAUUGGUGACACCAUCGCACAGCGGAUACUCAAAGCUCACAGAGAGGGCCAGAGGUAUCGAGUGUACGUGGUGAUCCCGCUCCUGCCUGGAUUCGAAGGAGACAUUUCAACGGGCGGUGGGAAUGCACUCCAGGCCAUCAUGCAUUUCAACUACAGAACCAUGUGCAGGGGAGAAAAUUCCAUCAUUGGACAAUUAAAAUCAGAGAUUGGCAAUCAGUGGAUAAAUUACAUAUCAUUCUGUGGACUUCGAACACACGCAGAACUGGAAGGAAACCUGGUCACAGAGCUCAUUUAUGUCCACAGCAAGCUGCUGAUAGCAGAUGAUAACACCGUCAUUAUUGGAUCUGCAAAUAUAAAUGACAGGAGCAUGCUGGGAAAGCGUGAUAGCGAAAUGGCGGUCAUCGUGCAGGACACUGAGACUGUCCCCUCUUUGAUGAAUGGAGAAGAGUACCAGGCAGGGAGAUUUGCCCAGGGACUGCGUCUGCAAUGCUUCAGGGUCGUCCUCGGCUAUCUUUCAGAGCCAGCUUCAGAGAUUCUAGAUCCUGUGAGUGACAAAUUCUUCAAGGAAGUCUGGAUCUCAACGGCAGCUCGGAAUGCUACAAUAUACGACAAGGUAUUCCGAUGCCUUCCCAACGAUGAGGUGCACAAUCUCAUACAGCUCCGGGAGUUCAUCACCAAGCCGAUAUUGGCAAAGGAGGAGCCUGGACGAGCAGAGGAAGAAUUAAGAAAGAUUCGUGGGUUCCUUGUACAAUUCCCUUUUUAUUUCUUGUCUGAAGAAAACUUGCUGCCUUCUGUGGGAACAAAAGAAUCUAUGGUGCCCAUGGAGGUCUGGACUUAAUAGGAUGGAGGAUGUCUUCCCUGGUCCCCAGUUUUGCACACAGGGCCAGGCUCUCCCCACUGAAGAGAUCUCUGCCAGCCUACCCAGUGCUUUUAAAUAAUGCACCAGGCAUUUAAAUGGUCCAGACAGAAAGAAGCACAACUAGAAUGUUAUGAAGACACUAAAAGUCAGAAUCAGACAAUGACUUAGACAACGUGCAGGUUCAACACGGAACACUGACUUGAAUGGUGAUGUGACAUUUGAUCACGUGAAUCCCACAAGAGGAAGUAAAUAAUCCCAAGUGGGAACAUGGAAGUUGUGCCUACAAAUGUGCAGGGUGGCCAGAGGGGCCUUGAACCUGCUUCCCCUUCUGUGACUGCUUGAGCUGCUCAGGUCCCACAGGCCAUCAAAGUGCAGCUUUAGAUAGAUCUGCACUCCAAGACGAGAUUGCUUGAUGCUGCUGUCAGCCCAUAAGCGGUCCUUGGCCAUCCAUUCCCAAAGUAACGUUGUUCACCCAUCUAGAGGAUUAGCAAUCAUCCCACUUGGUUAAGUCUUGUUGGCCCUUUCUCCUUUUUGGGGAAUGAGAGGGCAGAGCUGACUUUAUCUCUUAUUGCAAUCCCGUGUUAGGUGCUACCUUUCCCCCAAGCCUCAAACCUUGUUGUUGAUUGUCUGGCCUUACCCCGAUAAGAGAGGAAUGGAAGCUGUAAAGAGAAAAAUUUAGGUUUCACAUCAGGAAGAAUGUUCUAACAAUGAGAGCUGUGUAGCUGUGGAAUAAAUGGGCCAUCUAGAGAAAUGGUAGGUCCCCCACUGGGGGACCACUUGUUGAGUAUGUUAGAGUGGGGAUUCCUUUGGUGUAUGGGCUGUCUAGAUGGCCCAAGAGGACUCUAGCCAUCUCUGAAAUUCUGAGAAUACAUUGCUACAGGCUUGUCAACCCAGAAAGUAUUAAAGUGGGCCACUGCGACAGA